AUGGCAUCGGUUUUCCAAGGUUUGGAAGGGAUAUUUUAUUACAUGGAUGAUGUGUUGGUCACUGGGGCUACGCCAGAUCAACAUAACAUCGUCUGGAAGAGGGUUUUGAUGCACAAUGACUACCAUGUCGUUGUGACAGUAUGUUUCAAUAACGAUUUGGAAAUCAGUAUGGCAGUAGAUGCCUCGAAUAAAGGGGUUGGUGGAGCGUUAUUACAUGUAAUAGAGGGCUUAGAGAGACCCAUCAUAUUUUUCUCGCGAGUUUUUCGAGAUGUUGAAACGAGGUAUUCUGUGAUUGAACAGGAGGCCUUGGCCGUUAUUUUUGGGUUGACAAAAUGUCGUGAAUAUUUGAUUGUGGUAGAUUCAUUUUCCAAGUGGAUAGAAUAUGCAGAAGUGUAUGGUUAUACCACUAAAAUAGUUAUCAAAAAAUUAAAGGAAUUAUAUGUCCGAUUCGGUUUUCCCGACACGAUAGUGUCUGAUAGGGGUCCCGCCUUCGUAAGUGAGGAGUUCAGUUUUGUGCUGUGUCACAGACCCAGCAUAUUCUUACGCCGCCGUAUCAUCCCAGCUCGAAUGGACAAGCUGAGAGGAUGGUAG